GCCUCCGCCACAGCUCAGAGCUUGCGGCGCUGCGCGCUGGCCGGACGUGCGGGCACAAGCUCCGUGCCCGGCUCCAGACGCGCCCGCAGCUCCUUCCACUCGGUGCGAGCUUGCAGCCGCCUGUGCCCCGAAAGGUGGCCAGACGAGCAGUGAGCCCCGAGGGAUCGGUCCUCAGCUCCUGCAGCGCAACGUCUCUAGCAGCAACAGCCUAGAUAGUGUGCAGUCUGUGCAUCUGGCUGCCCACUGGUGCAGAAACUGAGUUGCACCUUGUCUCCCGCCUGCCCACCAUCACCAUGACACCCACCUGCACCAACAGCACUGGAGAGGACAACAGCAGCCAAGCGUGCAUGCCCCUCUCCAAGAUGCCUAUUAGUCUAGCUCACGGCAUCAUCCGAGCCACAGUGCUGUUUGCCUUCCUCGCUGUAUCCUUUGUGGGCAAUGUAGUGCUUGGGUAUGUACUAAACCAUAAGCCACAGUUAAUGCAGGUGAGCAACCGGUUCGUCUUCAACCUCCUGAUCACUGACCUGCUGCAGAUUACCAUCGUGGCUCCCUGGGUGAUAGCCACCUCCAUUCCUGCCUUCUGGCCUCUCAACAGCCAGUUCUGCACAGCCCUGGUUAGCCUCACUCACUUAUUUGCCUUCGCUACUGUCAAUACCAUUAUGGUGGUGUCAGUAGAUCGCUACCUGUGCAUCAUCCACCCUCUUUCCUACCCAUCAAUGAUGACCACCCGACGUGCUCAUAAGCUCCUCCAAGGCACCUGGUUUCUGGCUAUACUGCAAAGCACACCUCCUCUCUACAACUGGGGCCAGGCUACUUUUGAUGAGCGUAAUGCUCUCUGUUCCAUGAUCUGGGGAGGCAGCCCCGUCUAUACCAUGAUCAGUGUGGCGUCCUUCAUUGUUGUUCCAUUGGCUGUUAUGAUUGGCUGCUACUCUGCAGUGUUUGGUGUAGCCCGUCGGCAGCAUGCUCUCCUGUACAACAACGCCAAGAGCCGCAGCUUGGGGGUAAGAGCCAAGGACUCUGUGAAGACUGAGAAUAGACGGGGAAUAAAGAAGAGGGAUGAGUUCCAGGAUGAGAAUGAGUUCCAGAGCGAAGAUGGAGGUCAGGCCAAGGCUAAGGUGGAAGAGGGUCCCAUGGAAGCCAGUGGCAUUGUCAAGAAGACCAAAGAAAGAAGCCUAUAUUUACGUGCAGGUAUUUCUGAAUUCAAGGGCAGUGAAGAGGUCAGUAAUGGCAGCACGGAGGGGCUGGGAACCAGCAGCGAAUUUCUAAUAGGCAGCAGGGGCCGCACAGAGAGCAAUCAGUGCAAUAUUGACUUGGGCGAAGAUGACAUCGAAGCUGGCAUGGAUGAAACCCAUUUCAGUGAAGAUGAUGCCAAGGCAGUGAACAUCCCGGAGAGCCUUCCAGCCAGUCGUCGAAACAGCAACUGCGACCCACCUUUGCCCCCGUGCUAUCAGUGCAAAGCUGCCAGAGUGAUCUUCCUCAUCAUUUUCUCCUAUAUGAUAUCGCUGGGGCCCUAUUGCUUCAUAGCUGUGCUGGCUGUGUGGGUGGAUGUCCAAACCAAGGUACCCCAGUGGGCGAUCACCAUAAUCAUCUGGCUUUUUUUCCUGCAGUGUUGCAUCCACCCUUAUGUCUAUGGCUACAUGAACCAGAGCAUCAAGAAGGAAAUCAACGAGGUACUGAGGAAGCUACUCCGUAAGAAUAGGCCUUUUACAGAAGUCAGCCACCGUGACCUGCAUGAAACCGAAGCUGGCAUAGAGGGAGGGAUUGAAGACAAGAUUGUCCCCUCCUAUGAGUCUGCUUAAAGUUGGUUCUAAGGCAAGCAUUUAAGUGUCCACAAAACAAAAACAAAAGCCGCUUUCUUUUCAGUGCACCACCCCCAGUCUCAUUAGUGCCAGUUUUUACCAUUCCAGGCAAAGGUGUUGCGCACACAUUCCUUCCCACCAUGAGGCAGGUAAAGAAAGGUAAGGAAGAAGCAGAGACUUGAAUCUUUCCUGAAAGGUAUAAGCCCAUCAAAGAUUGGAAUUGAGGAUUCCUACCAAACAUAUAUGUAUAUAACAUAUUAGGCUCUAAAUUUCCUAAAACAAGGGCUGUCUGGUGUGGAACUGUUCACGGUGUUUAUUUUGCCUGCCUCUCCAGAGCUACAACAUGGCAACUUUAGCUCGGCGUAAAAGGGCAAGUGGCGCCUGUGGAAAGAAGGAAUAUUUGACCUUCAGGUCAUAACUCAUGGACUGGGGCUACAUAUUGUGCUCAACUGACAGAAAAAACAAUUGAUCAAAUCACUUUUGGAGCCCCCAAAGCAGAGCUAGGUGGACAGAUCAUCGUAUGAGCUGAUUUCUGUACUGAAGAGCCCCACGGUACGGUGCAAAGACUAUAAUGCAAGCUUCAACAAAGGGGAAUUAUGCAGGUAGUAUAUAAAGAAAGCUUCUGGGUUCUCUAAAGCGAUCCAGAAAAAUGCACACAGGAAAUGGAGAGUUGGUCCAAAAGAAGAAGCGGAGAAAUAAGACAUAGCCAUGGAGCUAAACAAUUGUGUGUUUCUUUUUUCUUUCUUUCUUUCUCUCUCUCCUCUCUUUCUCCAUCCUCCCCUACCCUAGGUGUCUACAUGGGUUGUGACUGACAGUGAUUUAUCGCUAAGCUCAAAAGAUACCUGGGUGAAGUGGCUUAUUUGAUCAGUUUUCUUGUGGGCAAGAGGUAUUUCCUUACAGGGUUGAAACAGGCAUUGAAAGGUGGCAAUGCCCAGCCUAUUGCUAGAAAUGCCUCCAUAGAAAACAGGAUUUCAAAUGUGUUUCUAACAUUUUGUUGCAACUGAACUUUCUAUUUUAUUUUUAAAGCUCAACCCCUUCAAAGUGUAACAAAGAAAACUGUUUGCCCAAAUACAAAAUCCAAAUGGAACCAGAACCUGUCCAAGUGUGGUAAGUUCAUUUGACAGCACACACAUCUUCCAGGAUGCUGAGACUCACCUGCUCCUAACACAAUCUAAAUUUCCCUCUUUUCUUUGCUGUCCAUAAUUUGGCAAAUUGGAUUCUUUAAAGGUGAAGACCUUUUGAAAACAGUGUGAAAAGGACAAGCCUUGAAUUAAAAGCAUUCUGUCUUGAUGACAUUUUCUUUUAAUGCACAAUAGGUCUUUUGGGUAGCACGGAGAUAGCAACUGCCUCAAGUUUUGUGCUGUUUUGAAUAAAGAGCUAACAACUUAAUGAGUUUUUAUUCUACAUGUUGUUUUGCCUUUUAAAAAUAUGAAAUUACACAAAAAGUCAUCAUUAGCCUCACAGAUAAUCAUGCACAAUCACUCUCCCAAAUGUUUAUAGAGGAUGUAUUCUUUUAUCAAAUCAUUACAUAAGUGCAGUAGCAAAAGAUUCUGGACUUGGAAAUGAUGUGUCUUAAAUUUAAUGAUUUCCUUAUUUAAGAAUAAUAGGGCAUCUACUCUGCAGAGGAGUCGCAGGUGCUUUAACACACCAAUUUCAACAAGGUUUAGAAGGCAGUACUAAGGAACAGCCGUUGGGUUUCUGCGAAUUCUGAGAUAUGGAAAGGAUCAGCUAUGACAAACUUCCCAUGUUGAAGGUGUACACUCACCCACUCCUCUUCCAGCCUUUCCGAUGGCCCCAAACCACCCAAGCUUAGGCAUGAGAGGGCAGAAGCAUGAGCUGGAAACAACAGACUAGAGCCUAAAACCCUGGAAGAAAGGACACCUUUCUAACUACAUAUGACAUCUUCCUUGAUAGCAAAUGUUUAACAUGUGUAUUAACACACUUAGGCUAUAAGGAACAAAACUGGUAAGAGGAAGAAACAGGAAAACUCAAAUACACUGAACUUGGCCACUGCAAGGUCACUGGCAAGUUCACUGCUCUUUGGUAAGUAGGGUAAGAAUCCUCAAUGAACAUGACGGUUACCAAUAGGAAUUAGGUUUCCAUCACUGCCUCCCAAAGCCUCCAUAUCUUUAGAGUAUACACAUUAAGGGGAAAUCACAGCAACUUGUACAUGUAAGGAGGUUUGCUGUGUGAAGAUUAAUUGCUGUAUUUCUUUUGCUCUUAAGGAGACAAAAACAAAAAUGGUUUUGGUUUGAUGCUUCAAACUUGAGUGGAUUUCCCCUCUUCGUUUGUUACAAUUUUGUGAAAAAUCAGUACUUUUGUCUUGUGUUAAUGCUGUGUUCUUUUGUGGUACUUCUUCUAGAUGUAAGCUCUAACUGUAAAUAAAAUGUGCUCUUGGAGUUGAGGUGCUAGAUAGUAGGUUGUAUGUGUUCUUAGCUAGUGUUAUUAGUGAAAAGUGAGUGAUGUGUCCGUGUGAAGUUAGUUAACAAAAUGCAUGCACUACGCUAGCCACAACUUUUGAAGUAGAACAUAGUACAUUCUUUUACCUUUGAAAGUGUAUACUACAGGAUAUGGAAGACGGCUCCAAGACGGUGCAGCAGGAAGAGGUGCCUCUUCGUUCCUUAAAUCCCUGGUACGUGACAAGCAGGAACUUAUUUUGGUACAAGCGGUAAUUGAUGUGAAUUAAAUUAUCAUCUUGGCUGAAGUCCAUGCUGGCAGUUCUCCACAAUACACCUGGCACGGGUAUACCUGUUUGCUUCAGUGUAUAGAAUAAUAGAAUACAAAGUCAAAGAAGACAGUCCUUUCCCCAUAAAAGAGCAAGAACCCCAGGACAGGCUAUUGGAGUCCUGAGAGCAGAUGAGAAGAACACUGCAGUUUCAAGACUGAAACAGGAACCAGUUCCUGAUUGGAAGUUAUUGGACUUGUACUUAACUGAUCUAUAUUGUGACCAUCCCUGCCCUCCUAGAUAAGUGCCAAAACCCAGAAAAGGACUGCUCUGUUUUUACCCACUUUGGCUGUCUCAGACCUGAUACAGUAUUGGUAAAGAGACAGUGAGAUUUCUCGGGGUGGGGACAGGGAUUGCAGCUCAGGUGUUUGAAGAGUUACAGUUGUAGAUCAAAUAUAUUUACAAAAGAAAUAAUAGUAUUUUAUUAUAUUUUGAGAACAAAAGUAUUACAAGAGGAUAUAUAUAUAUAUGUAUAUAUAUAUACACUCAUUAAAUCGUUUCUAAAACUGCCUUUAAUACCAAAUUUCAUGUGCUAUUUUGAGACUGAGAACAAUAGGAAAAUUGCACUCAGUCAAUAAAACAAUUCUCUUUAAUACUUUCCACUUUAAAUUUAAAAGUUUCCUUUAAAAGGGGUUUGUAAUUUAAAAGUGCCUUUUCAAAGGAUUUUCAAAACUACAGUCCUGGGACCAAGUUCCCACUGGCACAACUUACCUUCAGGUGCACAAAUGGGGUGGAAUUUAUUUUCCACUUUUCAGCAAGAAGAGAAAUCCCCUCACACUCCAAUCAAAUUUAUGAAUUGAUAUUGUUCCAUGGGCCAGUAGUCUCAGAGACUCUGCCCAAAGUCAAGGUUUCAUAGAUUGGAUGGUUUUAAUUGAAUGCUUUCUAAACUGGUUAUGAUGCAUUUAUCACUGGACAAGAAUAACAGACUCCUGCUUGGGGAAUGCAGUGAGAUUAACAUUUGUGAUUUAACUAUUAUUAAAUGUUUGUGUUUCUUAAAUAGGUGCUGUUAAUCUGUCCUUGGUGUAUUCUUCUGAAAUAUUCGAA